GAGAUUCCAACAAUACUAUGACGGAAAGCUCUUCAGUCUUUCGUUUCUCUGAUAUGAGACAAGUAGUUUCCAACUUGCCCACUCCUUUAGAAUCUUCCAAAGUGAAAAUAUCACGUCGUAACUUGUACAGAAGCAAUGCUCUAAAAAAGGCGAGAAAUGCAGUAUUUUCUAGUUUCCAAGACUUUUCUGUGGACCCGGAAGAUCUUGAAUCGUUAUCCUUUCACAAGUUGCAAGAAGAACUGGAUAAUAAUUUGCUUUCAGACCUGGAGGAACCCAAACACCUUAAUAUUGUCAAAUUAGUUUCUAGUUUGGUGAUUCCAUUCUUCAUGGAAGGCAUUGAAGAUAUGGUGGAUGAUAGCUUUACUAAAUGUUUUCAAAGAAAGAAAGAAUUUCCAUGGAAUUGGAACUUUUAUUUGUUCUUUCCUUGGUUAUUGGGAGCUAUAAUUCGCUACUUGUUUCUUUUUCCUUUUCGUGUGGUUUGUAUUACAGCUUCCACUCUGGUUUUGGUUGUUCUAUUGUUUUUGAUCCAUAUCUUCAUACGAAAUACUGCAACCAAAGAGAGAAUUAUUCAACGAUAUUUGGUGUUGUAUGCAGGUGCUUGGAUUAUGUCACUUUCUGGAGUCGUUCGUUAUCACGGCACUCGUCCUAAAAAGGGAUCCAAUAAGAUAUUUGUUGCCAAUCAUACAACUAUGUUAGAUUUUGCUAUUCUUUUACAAAUACAUCCUUUUUCAGUUCUUGGACAACUACAUAAUGGCUUUGUAGGAUUUCUCCAAAGGUAUAUUUUAGAUGAGCUACACUGUGUUUGGUUUCAUCGUGAUGAUUUGCGUGAUCGAGACAUGGUCCGUAGACGUUUAAAAGAGCAUUUGAAACUAGAAUAUGUUCCUCCACUUCUUAUAUUUCCUGAAGGAACGUGUGUGAAUAAUGAAUAUUGUGUCAUGUUUAAGAAGGGUGCCUUUGAACUGGAUGCAACUAUUUAUCCAGUUGCUAUCAAAUAUCAUAGAGAGUUCAGUGAUGCUUUCUGGGACUCUAAAUCAGAAAAUUUUCUACAAUAUCUGUUUCGUUUGAUGACUUCUUGGGCAUUGGUUUGCGAUGUUUAUUUUCUUCCACCGGAAACCAAAGAGCCCGAAGAAACUCCUGAAGCCUUUGCAGCAAGAGUGAAACGACUUGUUUGUCAAAAGGCAGGUCUCGUGGACGUUCCUUGGGAUGGUUAUAUGAAACAUUUUCGACCUUCAGAAAGAUUUGUUGAAAAGAGAAGGCAUUUGAUCGGCAGAGUUUUACAAGAACAGUUACAAAAGAACAUUAAGCCAAUGUCGUAAUUCAAAUUUGAAAAUGGAAUUUCAGUAUCCACAACUUGUACGAGGUACCGGCAAAGACUCUAUGGAUGAUAGUAUUCUUUUGUGGCUACAACAAGAAGAAGACUCUGAAAAGUCUGUAAAUGGAAAUUCUAUAAACACCUUGUUGACUCAAUUAAAGCAAGUUUUGUCACAAGUUCAACAAGUUGCUCAAAAGAUAAAACAGUCAUCCUAUUC